AUGCCACGACGAAGUUCACAUGUAGACGGACCGGAUCACUGGUCGAUGAUCUUUCUACACAAUAAUUCGGGAGAGUUUCCGCCGUCGGGCCUUGCACCGUUGGAUCCAAGAGCGCAGGAUCCAGAUAUCGCACCAUGGGCUGAACUGGCACCAGAAGACGAAGCUGGCUCAGUAGUCCCCUCAACCUCGAGCGCUGCAGGAGCCCCAGGCUUGUCCGGAAAGCGUACGUUUUAUGCAAAGACAUCCUCCUUCUCCGGUAGUCUGUUUGGACGACAGCAGCAGCACAGAGACAGCGACGUCCAGGAUUCCCAGAGUCUUGCCGCCAACGAGAACAAGAAGUCCUUUCUAGGCGGUUUCAAGGGUCUCCGGAGGAAGAAUAGCAAACCCUCACUUGCAAAGGAACCAUCGUUCAGCGUUCCUGCCCAGCCUGUCCCACCGUUGCCAAACUCGACUUUACCUGCCCCGCGGUUGUCUCCAUCAAUCCCCGUGACUCGCAAGCCCAGAAAGGCAAGCAAGCAGAAGAUGGCACCUCCAGUACCACCAAAGGACCACACAGACGAUAUCUAUCUCGACACCAAUCUUGAUAGAUUAGAAGGCAUUGUGGAUCCCUCCCGGCUAGGUGCCGAUUCUCGAGUCAGCUUCAGCAACGAGGCCGCAUUGGGAGGUGCUAAUGAUGAUCCACUCAAUGGACCUUUCGAUUCGUACCGACCAAGGGCAUCGCAUUCCGCUCACGGUCAUGGUCCUGGAUCCAAUGGCUCGAACGAUCUCUGGAACGGGCAUUCCAACAAUCUCGCUUCAACUCCUGCCAUGUUCAGUAUACCCCCCGCAUACAAUGGAGCAGCAUUCACCAAUCCAUUUGCUGGUGGUGCUUCCAACGCGGCUGCAGCCAGCAAGCGACCGCCGCCACGCCUUGCAACGACGUCUCCAAGAGGAAAGGCAACACUGCUUCCUCCAUCUCAUUUAGAACCAAACGGCACAUUCCUUCACCAUACGAGUGCCAUCAGUCCGAUAGAUAAACGAGAUCCAGCUGACCCUGCGAGUCCCUCAUGGGUUGCACCCGAGAGUUGGGCCGUCAAGAUGAACAUGGACGAGGAAGUACAGUCAGACUCCGGAGAGAGUGAUAACAUGCAGUUGCAAGAGCCUACUCGACACGCUGCCUUGUUCAACCAAGAAGAAGAGCAGUCUGUUCACGACACUACGACGGGAGCGUUACGUUCUGUGAAUGGCGGCACCGGCGCGAUGGAGUAUAAGAUUCGCAUCACCUACGAGACAGAGGCCGGGAAUCCUCACUCCAUCUACAAGAUACCCUAUUCAGAAACAGCGCAGAGCUUUAUCAAGACCAAGUUUAACCCCAAGAUGCGAAUCGACGGGGAAUGUCGCCUAUGGAUACGCGAUCGUGGUAAAGAUAGAAUGUUAGCUGGGACGGAGCGCAUUCUCCCACUCCUUAGAAAGCGACUGCUGAUGGCCGGAUACGACGACGAUGAGCUCCCAAACAUCGCUGGAGAAGACUUGGGUCAUAUAUUCAAACUUAUCGUAAGGGACGUGGCUUGGAGGGCGGAUUCUGAAGAGCCGGCCAAUAUCACAAAUCCAGCAUUCGUGGAUCUUACGGGCAUGAACCUGACCAAGGUUCCGAUUCUUCUCCACCGAGUCGCUCAACACAUUGUGCUACUUAACCUCUCACGCAACAUCGGCAUCGACCUACCAUCGGAUUUCAUUCAGAGUUGUGAGGCUCUUCGCGAGCUCAAACUCGCUGGAGUUGGUCUUCGCAGGGUACCGCCUGCCAUUCGACAUAGUCGACAUCUCAUGAGGCUCGAUAUAUCUUCUAAUCGGAUAGCGGAUUUGGAGGAUUCGGGUCUGGAUUCCAUCCCGACAUUGUCUAGCCUCAAGCUGCAAUGCAACAGGCUCACCAAUCUUCCUCAUUACUUUGCCGCGAUGCAUGCAAUUACAGAUCUCAACAUUUCCAACAACAAGUUGGAUGGCUUCCCCGACGUUCUCUUUUCCAUGUCCUCUCUAAAGGACCUCGACGUGUCCUACAACAACAUUUGCGCUUUUCCUCCCGGGAUUGGCAAGCUGGUGAACCUGCAAAGGUUGACUAUCAUCGGAAACCAGCUGACAGCAUUCGUUCCAGAACUCUCAAAGUUGACCAAUCUCGAGGUCUUGGACUGCCGACGGAAUAUGAUCACCGACCUUUCCCUGGCAGCUUCACUUCCAAAGUUGAAGCAAUUCCAUGCGCAUUACAAUGCGUUGCACGCUCUUGAUAUGACUGUCGGCCCAGCUCUCACAGAGUUGAAGGCACCUCACAAUCAAAUCACCCGCUUCCGACUCCUGAGUCCAAACAGCGCCGUUAAUCUCAUCCACCUCGAUCUGAGCUAUACCAAACUCUCGUCACUAGACGAAGAUGUGGUCGCUCAACUUACAAAUCUUGCUACCCUACGACUGGAUCAUAAUCAUUUCAGAACACUCCCUGCUUCACUAUGCAAACUCACUUACCUCCAACAUCUUUCAUGCUCGAAUAAUGUCCUAGACGAGCUACCAAGUGACAUUGGUAGUCUUGACAAUCUCCAGAUUCUCGACGUCCACAGCAACUCCAUUCAUCAGAUCCCGGCCAGCAUCUGGCAAUGCAAGAGCCUCUAUCUCUUCAACGCAACCUCCAACUUGAUUGAUGUUUGGCGCAAUCCGCCAACGGGAACCCAAGGGUCGACUUCCGCACCUGUGCCGUUUGGAUCAAUCUCAGAUGUCGCUUUGACGGCCAACUCUCCAGACAGUGAACGAAGACCGUCUCAGCCGGGGCUCUUCAACGGGCGCCCGAGUAAGCGAGCACUUCCACUGGAGAUGUCACUGCAAAAGUUGUAUCUGAGCGACAAUCAUCUUAGGGACGAUUCGAUCAACUUCCUCGCUCGUCUCACUCAGCUUCGGGUGCUCAAUGUCUCCUUCAAUGAUAUCCAAGACCUGUCGUCGUCUUGGCUAUCGAAGUUGACUUUGCUGGAGCAGUUGUACCUCAGUGGGAACAGGCUAUCGGCACUUCCGGUGGAAGGCCUUCAAAACCUGACAAGAUUGCAUACACUCUAUCUCAACGCUAAUCGACUACAAACGUUGCCCAGCGCCCUCAACAAGAUUUCCUCGUUGACGGUUCUCGACGUUGGUAGUAAUAAUCUGAGAUACAACAUCAACAACUGGCAUUUCGAUUGGAACUGGAACUUUAAUCGAAAUCUCAAAUAUCUCAACCUCUCGGGGAACACGCGUCUGGAGAUUAGACCCGACUCUACCAAGCGUAAUCACCUAGAUCGCAUGGAAGGCCCCGUACUCCACGAGUUUAACGCCCUGACCCAGCUGAAGGUCUUGGGGCUGAUGGACGUCACUAUCGGCUUCAUGAACAGUAUUCCAGACGACAACGAGGAAAGACGUGUCCGGACGUCUGGCUCCGAGGUCAAUGGCAUGGGUUAUGGCAUCGCCGACUCGAUGGGCAAGCGUGACCAGCUCAGCAUGUUCGACAUUGUCGUGCCGUCGUUCCGAAUGCAUGAAAAGGAGUGCCUGUUUGGAAUGUACGGAAGGCCCGAACCAACCCAUGGCAAUACUCGUUUGAGCAAGUUUGUUCAAGAUCGAUUCCACAACGAGUUGAUCAUGAAGCUCAAUCAACUCAGACCAGAGGCGGAUGAAGGCGUUGUGCAGGCAUUUCGGAGAGCAUUCCUGUCCAUGAACCGCGAACUUUACAAAUUCCUCACCAAUAACAGUUUCGGACAGUUCUCCAGGAAAAUGUCUGCGGCCAGCUCCUCGUCCACUGGACCGAAUGCUGGCAUAGACAUGACAGUCCUCAAGACUGGCCUCUCGGCGAUCAUCAUUUACAUCGUCGAUAAGACUAUGUACGUCGCCAACGUGGGUAAUGCACUAGCCGUCAUGUCUCGACAAGGGGAAGCGCACCUGGUAUCGUAUCGACACGAUCCGCUUGACCGCAACGAGUUGUCGAGGAUACGUGGGACAGAAGGAUGGGUUUCACCGAAGGAACUACUGAAUGAUGAGCUCAAUGUCUCUCGUGCAUUCGGUAUGUAUCACCUUCUCCCCUCGGUCAUUGCGCGUCCCGCCGUCACGGAAUGGGAUAUCACCGACCAGGACGAAUUCGUUAUUGUGGGAAACUGCAACUUAUGGGACUAUCUGCCGUACCAAAACGCGGUCGACAUUGCCCGCGAAUGCCAGGAUCCCAUGGUUGCCGCACAAAAGCUGAGGGAUAUGGCAAUCAGCUAUGGUGCCGAUGGCUCGGUCAUGGUCAUGGUCCUGUCCAUCUCGGAUCUUUUCCCUGCCAAAGCAGUGCAGCGCAAGAAUGCGAUGGAAACGGGAGAAUUUGGUGGAUUCAAGAGUCCACUCAGAGGAAACCACGAGCCAAUCAGCAGCAAGAUGCUCAACAGACUCCCAGACGAGGUGGAUGCGCCCGUUGGCACUGUCGCUCUCGUGUUCACGGAUAUCGCUAAUUCAACCCACCUGUGGGAGAAGAAUGCAGGAAUGCGCACAGCAAUGCUCAUGCACAACGAACUGCUUCGACGCCAACUACUCAACAUCGGCGGAUACCUGGUCAAGACGGAAGGAGAUGCGUUCAUGUGUUCUUUCCCUACUGUGGCGUCAGCUCUACUCUGGUGUCUUACUGUGCAGCUUGCACUGUUGAAGCUCGAGUGGCCGUUGGAGAUUCUAGAGUCGCAGGACGGGAGAGAGAUUUGCGAUUCUGAUGGGACGGUCCUCGCGCGUGGUCUUUCCGUUCGAAUGGGCUUGCACUGGGGCGCACCGUUGUGCGAGCCGGACUUUAUUACGCAUCGAAUGGAUUAUUUUGGGCCAAUGGUGAACCGUUCCGCACGUAUCUGUGGCAGUGCCAAGGGAGGGCAAAUCAUGAUCAGCAACGACGUGAUCAGGGAGCUGUCACAGCAUUUCUCACUGGACGAUUCGUCUCCGCCUCCGGCUCCGCCCAAGCCAAUAGACGCAGCCGCGGUCUCCGACCCUGCUGCCGUGCGCGAACGAAACCAUAUCGAGACGCUGCGUCGAAUGCAGUUUACCAUUACGCCAAUGGGGGAGCGCAAGCUAAAGGGUAUCGAAGCACCUGAAGCUCUGUCACUCAUCUGGCCAAAGGAGCUCGAGGGCCGCAUGAGUCUGAUGCACGAAAAGGAGGACGAAGAGGUAUCGGCAGCAGCAGCAGAUGCCAACUCGCGCGUACCAUUUAGCAUUGCGCAAAUGAAACAACUGGCGAUGCUCUGCGUGCGUUUGGAGACGCUGACCUCUGGUCGCGUAUUCAAACCGACAACUGCACGAAAGAAGACGCUGCCUCCACCGGCCGGAGUGGCGACAAUGGCCAUAGUCGCCGAGGAGGUAGAGGGCCCAAUAGAUAUUGUGCCAGAUGUGAAUGGGAUUAGGACUCCGGAUGUCCUACAACGCCCGACGGUGAUGGAGGAGCUCGAGGAACCAUCCGUGUACCUAACGGCAAACCCCGAACUGCUGAUGCCAUCCAUCAAGGAAGGCGCAACGGACGAAUACUUGAUGCUGCUACUCGAUUCACUCUCAUUGCGUAUCGACAAUGCUCUGGCGUCUCUAUACCUGCAGCAGAUUGGGGGCUAUCGACGACUAGCGCCGCCACGGAUAGGGAGCAUCGCUGGACUUGAUGGGGGUUUGCUACAGUAA